CCACAUGCCAUCAAUGUUCAAAGUGGUCGUGCCAAAGAGGCUUAUUGAACACUUGCAGCAGCUAGAGCCACAAUUUCAAUGCCCCUGAUUAGUUUGUCUGUCCAUCACAGUACAUAGUAUAAUAAUCAUAAACCCUUUUUCUCAGCGAGGCACACAGUAUCAUUACUACACUUUUUUUUUCACUAUUGUUUUGGCAAGUCCUCAACCCCAACAACAUAGAGAGCCAUAAUACCCUUCUUAGGCACAACAAUAUGGCUUUGUAAAAUGGGAAGGAGUCCUUGCUGUAGUCAUGAGGAAUUGAGGAAAGGGGCAUGGACGGUUCAAGAAGAUCAGAAACUCAUUGCUUACAUUCAGAAACAUGGCACAGGAAGCUGGCGUACCUUGCCACAAAAAGCAGGUCUUCAAAGAUGUGGCAAGAGUUGCAGGCUGAGAUGGUUUAACUACCUUAGACCUGACAUUAAGAGAGGAAAAUUAAGCCAAGAAGAAGAGCAGACAAUUAUAAAACUUCAGGCGGUUCUUGGCAACAGGUGGUCAAGUAUUGCAAAGCACUUACCAAAGCGAACUGAUAACGAAAUCAAGAACUAUUGGAACUCAUAUCUGAGAAAGCAGUUUGAAAAGAAUGCCGGGGAUUCCUCAAGUCCAAAACCAAUUAGUUCUGACAGUUCCCCAGAAUCAAAAUCCAAUGACAUGUGCAUGGUUCCAUUAGAGAAAACUGAUUGCCAUGAACCAAACACCAACCAGUCUCAUCAGCACAAAUUAUCAAAGUCAACCUCAUCUUCAACUCAUCUACUCAACAAAGUUGCUAGUAAAAUUCUGGCAUCAGGGUACCUUGAAGCAAUCAAAUCAUGCCAACCUGUUGUUGCUGGGAACAGCAAAAGUGAAGGCGUAGUUAAAAGUGGAAUUGGGCCACAAAAGGACAAUAUUAGAGACCCCCUUGUGCCUAAUUUGACCUCACCAAGUCAUUCAGUAACUUCUGCUAAGUUACUGAACAAGAUGGCUACUUCACUCCCUCAUAAAGUUUAUGGCCUUGAAGCUGUAAAAGCUGUAUUCUCAAAACUGAUGGAAAGCAGUGAAAAAGGUGGCAUUGCUACUAGUGAUGGUAGUAGCUUUGUUGGCAGUGAUCAAGUUGGAAGUUGUUUAAAUGCUUUAAGCCCUUUUGAGGAUGGACCACACAUAUCAAAAAUAAUUGACUCCCCUUCUAGUCCUACACUAAUGUUCAACCAAGUGACCACACCCUCAUGCUUUUCAGAAGAUAAUGAAGAUAACUGGCAAUGUGUUUCAUCUAACUAUGUUUCCUUCAGAAAUUGUGCUGCAAGUGGUGGUGGUGGUGACUGCAGUGUCUCUGAGAUCAACUUGGGUGAGUCUUCUAGUUCCACAUCAUGCUUCCUGUUUGAGAAUGCUGACCUGGGAACAUGUGAUGAUGAGAUAAGGAAGUACAUUCAGUAUCUGUAGGAAAAAAUAAAAUUAGUGGACACCCUCUACUAAUCAGAGAGAAAUAUAGGUAUUACAAGUGAUAUGGUGUAACAUGAAACGAUCUAAAAAGAAAUAAUAUAUAUGAAGACUGUUUGGUAUAUAGAGAUGUUUAUAUAGAGGUGUUUGAAAGAGGAGUCUAUGUAUCAUCAGUCUAUUUUGUAAUAAGAAAAGUAUAUUCUUUCUUUA